GGCACAUCGGCCCAGCAGUGCUUCUGUGCAUCGGGGCGCACAAGUCUAGCGGCAACUCUCACCGCUCGGCUCGCCGCCCGCGGGCGUUGGUGCCCAAUGAGCAGCCGGCCCGCUCCUCGCCCGCUCCCACACCCGCUCGGCCGGGCGGAGGGGCGCGGAGCAGCCGAUGGCGGCGCACUGGGCGAAGGGGCACCUGGAUGCCAUCAGGACCUACCGCGACCACUCGAAGCGCGAGGUGGCGCGGGUGAAGCGGAACCUGGAGGGCUUGUCUGCAGACGACCAGGCCUCGUUGGUCUGGAAGGCGGCGGAUCAGAUCCAGGCGAUGGAGGAGGCGGUGAGGGCCAAUUUUGAGUGCUUGGACAAGAUAGUGGAGCUCAUCAAGGAGUCCAAGCCGCCCGCGCACGGGCCGGUGAGCGGCCCGGCAGAUGGGCACAAGGCCGUUCAGAACAUGCUGCAGCUGCUCGUGCGGGAGUGGACGCAGGAGGGCGAGGUUGAGCGCAAGGAGUGCCAUGAGAGGAUCCACGCCGCGCUGGACGGCCACCUGAAGCCGCAGCUGGAGUCCGCCCGGGCGGAAGGCAAGCCGCCGCCGCGGGUGCUCGUGCCCGGGUCGCAGAUGGGGAGGCUGCUGUACGAGGUCUGCGCCCGGGGGUACGACUGCGAGGCGUGCGAGGCGCGGCCGCUGCCCUACUUCGGCGGCGAGCUCGUGCGGCGGCACGGGGCGCAGAUAGGCGCGCACCGAAUCCAGCCCUUCGCGCUGAACACCUGCAACAGGUUCAAGAAGGGCGACCACGUGCGGGUCACCCCCGUCCCGGACGUCGAGGUGCCAGUGGGCUCGCUACCGACAGCCGCAUUGGGCGACCUCAUCAAGCUCUACGACACCGCGCCUUCGCGCGGGAGUUUCGACGCGGUUGCCACCGCCUUCACGCUUGACACCUCCUCCAACAUCUUCCGCUUCAUCCGCACCGUCGCGCACGUGGUCCGCGAAGGCGGGCUGUGGGUCAACUUCGGGCCGCUGUGCUACGACUCGGGGCACGACGAGGCGCGGGGGAGCAGCAUGGAGCUGAGUUGGGAGGAGCUGAAGCACGCCGUGUCGCACUUCUUCGAGGUCCAGGAGGAGGACUUUGUCGAUUCCUUUCACGCCGCCAACGCUGAGUCCAUGAUGCAGAUACAAUACUCCUGCGUCUACUUCAAGGCCGUGCGGAAGGCCAACCCAUCGCUGGGCAUAGGCGGCAGCUGACGCUUGGGGAUUUGCCGCGGCUCGGUGGAGGAGGACCUCGUGCGGGACGAUUGCACAGCGAGGCGCCGCUCCUGUAGGGCAUCGCUGCGUCAUCGCGCACUGCCCCCACCACACCUCCCCUCGUCCCCAACCCCU